UCUAAUCUAACCAAUAUACGUCGAAAAAUAUUUUAUAAAUUUGAUGAGAAUUAUAGACGAAUAUAUUAAAAAGGAACGAAAUUUAAAGAAAAUGCAAUGAUACAAAAAAAGUCGGAUAUUAUGCUUAGACUAUAGAAUUCAUUUAUGUACUGAGAUCUUCGAUUGAACUCUAAACACACCUCACCUAUAAUUUUCCUCAUUCAUAUUCAUUAUACGCACUGGUGUGUGAGAGGUAUUUAUGAGUCUGUAUGUCUAUUGCAAUCAAUUAGAUUAUGUUGCUGGUAAUUUUUCGCUGUCGUUUAGCGCUAAGCAGAAGCUUGGACAAUAACAACAAAACCACCCAGUUAAGCGUUUAAUUAAACACUCAACAUUCUGUUAUACAUAUCUACAUACAUAUGUAUUACAUAGAUAAAUAAUACAUAAAUUCGCUCCGUAUUGAAACAAAGAGACGCAACACAUGUUGAUCAUAUUGUGCCUCAGCUGUGCUAGAAUGUAUGCUAGAUCACUAGAACGAUGCUCGCGCUGAGCAUAAACUUGCGCACGAUCCCCGCAGCUCCUCAAAGCAAUUGUAUAUCUAAAUUGUCGAUAUAUACACGUAUGCACAUAUGCGUGGUUGCUGCCAUCUAUGAUCAUUCAUAAUAAAAAUAGCAAUGGCAAUAUUGACUGCGAGUGAGCAGCGUAAAAAUAUCGGAGAAAAUGUUGUAGAAAAUGCGAACAAUUUUCAGAAAAUUUUAAUUUGUGAGCAAAUGGCAAAACAACAAAAACAGAGCUGCAAAAUUUUGUCGAGCGGCGUGAACUCGAUCUAUUUGGCAUGAUCGGUCGGUCAGUCGUCAGUGAAGCGGUGUCGGUAACGAAAGUGUUUUGUUUUCGCGCUUUUAAUUGGAAGAACUACAUAAGUGAAUAUUAAAUGAUACUGAAAUUGUGGAAAUAACGUUCGAAAAUUAUAUUCAGACCAAGCAACAAGUGUAUUGAGUAAGAGCGACACCGUUCAUCGACCACACCACCGCCACCACUUACUUGAACUGCAACAAUUGAGACUUUUCCGGCACAACGCCAACGCCAACGCCACCACGCCCACGCACAACUCAUACAAAUCGUAGCAAAAGCAAAAAACGUACUCGCUAUAAAAAUAAAAGCAAAAAAUAAAAUAGAAAAGCGCGAGCAAUCCAAAUGGCGAGCAAUAACAGCACAGCGUCGAAUGGCAAUGGAGCCACAAAUGUCGCAAUGGACUUCAGCAACGAGCUGUUGCGCGUCAUCGUCACCACACACGGUACAGGCAACAUUAUCAUAUCACCACUCCAGCUGGAGGCGCUGCUCACGCUGCUCUAUCUCGGCAGCGAUGGCGGCACUGCAGAGGAGUUGCAGCGCGUGCUAGAGUUGAAUCGUUUCGCCAGCAAUGCUAAAAUGGCCAACCACUUCGCGACGGAACUGCAAUUGAGCACCGACUCGGCGGCUGACACGCACAUGCAGCUAUGCAGUGAAUUAUUGUUGCCGGUGGAGGUGGAAGUCAGCGAUGAAUUUCGUAAAAUAGCGCAGAAAUAUUUCCACACAACAGCAUUGCAGCGAGAUUUCAGCAGUAUUGCGAAAUUGCGCGCGCAACUUGAUGAGGAUUUGGCGAAGGCGGCCGCUGGCUAUGCCUGGCGCAUCAACGAUGCCUUAUUGUCCACGAUCACAACGCCUGAGGCGGCGUCAACGGCCAUCGUGUUGGCAGCUGUGCAUUUCCAAAGCAAAUGGUUUCUGCCGUUUAGCUCCUAUCGGACGGGCUUGUACGACUUUCAGUUAAGCGUCGCUGAGGCGCCUGCAGGGAGUGAUGUGUCACAGCUGGCGCCACCAGCAGCUGUGUCUGUGCCAAUGCUCUUCGACGAUGAUAUGUUCGUAAAGUUUGCAGAGUUGCGUGAGUUGGACGCGCGUGCCAUUGAGCUGCCUUAUGAGCAUGACGACGAGCUAGCUAUGCUGCUGGUAUUGCCCAAUCAGCGCGAUGGCCUGGCGGCAUUGGAAAAGCAGUUAGAAGCGUUGGAUCUCAAUGCGUUGGCGGAGCGCAUGCAGAUGGAGAGCGUACAGGUGCUUCUGCCGAAAUUUAAAAUCGAUUUUGAAUGCAGCCUGCGGCAUACUUUGGAACAGCUGGGCAUCACGACGAUUUUCUCGAAAGCGUCAAAUUUUAAGAAUAUGCUGCGGAACAACACCACAGAACCACUAAUAAUUUCAGAUAUUCUACACAAAGUCUGCUUAGAGGUCAAUGAGUCCGGCACGGAAGGUGCAAGUAGUGUUGCAUACAAACCAAUUGUGAUUAGUAAUUCGAUUGAUUCCCGCAAGAAAUUCUUUCGUGCCGAUCAUCCCUUCUACUUCGCCAUACGAAGUCGAGAAGCCACCUAUUUUGUGGGCCAUAUCACAAAAUUUUGAGCGGUUUUCUUUUUUGCUAGUCCAAAGCAUAUACUAUUUUUAACUUAAGUUUAAAGUAAUACUUACGUGAAGUUUUCUAUGUAAAUAUUUGUAAAUGUAUGUUUCGCUUUCGCUUUAUAUAGUGUUUGUUGCUUUAGAAUGCUCAUAAAAUUAUACAGUUACGCAAGUAAGCAAGGCUAGAGAUUAUAGCUAAGUGCGCUGAAUGAUUAAAUAACCAGGAAUUCUCAAGCCGUUAUCAAUAAAAUAUGUUAAAUAAAACUACAUUUUUUUUUUGUAAUAUUUUUGAUUUUUUAUAACAAAGAGUCUCGAAAAUGUUUAUUUAAUGUUUAGAGUUUAGAUUUUACAAUUUUAGUUUUAGUUAUUUUUCUUCUUCUUAAUUUAUAAAUUAUUAAAUUUUUAGUUUUACAAAUGUUUACCAUGGGGUUGGUCGCAUUACCUGGAGCUGUGUUGUAUGUUUUCAAAGUGAAAAGUGCUAUUUGGUUACAAAAAGAAUUGAAAUUGAAUAGGCAUAUAGGCAAUUCUCAAUGGGUUCAUGAAGUAUAUAAAAAGGGUUUCCCAGACUUCGUAGACAAUUUUUGUUUUAGAAUUUAUACAAAUAAGUUCGACUAGUAGGCUUCGAAACGGCUCCUCCUACUUCUCUACAAACCGAUGCCGUUGCUCAUAAAAUUUUCCACUGCCUAGAAAUAAUCGCGUGGUUCAUAAGAACUCGUUCUCGUGAACUGAACUAAUAUUUUGGUCGUAGGUCAAAUUAAGUUUGAAAACGACGGAUUUAUAUCAAAUUGUCUUCACUUGGACUGAGGUGUAUCAGAGUUCUUGAUCUUAAAGUGAAGUAAAUCUCAUUUGGUCUCGCUUUGUGUGUUAGGUACUUCUAAUCUAAAUCUGUAUGAAAUAGUAGUGUAUGUUCUUACAUUAAGAGUACAAGGAGUCCACUACUAUAGAGGCAGUAUUUAGUAAUUUAAAUUAUUAAAAAAGUUUUGAGAUAUUUGCUGUUAAAAGCUAUUGUUAAGAAGCUUGGCAAACAGAAAGUUAGAUCGGUAACUCAUUGCAUCAGUGAUUAGAGAUUUCUACGAAUAAUUUAUAACUAAAAUAAAUUAUCAUUCAUAUUAUGUAAGACAAUUGGUGAAUCUGGCUGGCUACCAUAACAGCUUUUGUAUUACGUAUGGCCACUGAUCUCAGUAUACUUGAAAAUGCAGGCAGCGCCUAUGUUUUUCCAUUUUUUGAGCAGGACUGUUGCAAGAAAUUGGCAAUAUUGUUCAAAACUUAGGUGCAAGGUUGGCUAUCGACUACUGGACUCGCGAUAGUAGUCAUACAUAAUAAGGUUGUAUAUUAUAAAUAAUAUAUGUAUAAGAAUGUGGGUCGGAAACAAACAGUUAUGAGAUUGUGUGCAUAUUUAUAUGAACUGAUCUUUAGCUAACUUUUUAAACAAUGAUUUCUCCAACCAACAGUAUGAGGUUAUGUUCUUAAAAAAAGAAGAUCAAGAAGUGGAGAAUAUGUAGAUUAAAUUCCUUUCGACUAUGGUUCUAUCUCUGGUCUGCUGAACCCAAGGAAAUUUCUAUUGUAAUUAGCUCAAUUAGUGAUUUUCACGCCGUUUUCUUUUAGAAUAACGUAAGUCAAGUACAUUUUUUUUUCAUAUAGUAUAUGAUUAUACUUACAAAUAAAUUGUAUACUGUGAACAGGGUAAAA